AUGGGCUGGUUUUGGGCAGACACGCCUGUUCCUGCGGUUCCUGUCGGACACCCAGCUACUACCGACAAGGCUCCUCCACCUGGCUGCCCUAUGCACCAAAAGUCUGCCGAUGCCAUGAGCCCUGUGGCUAAGCCCAAGAAGCCUGUCGAUCUUCCUUCCACCUCAGGAUGUCCCGUUCCUCACGCCGCCCGAACCCAAGAUCAGCCUAAAUCUUUGAUCUCCCAGCUCAACCCUCUCAACUACAUGUUCCCCGAUCUAUCGCAAAAACCUGCUCCUAACCAAUCAUUCGCUCUCCCGACAACCCGAGAUGAGUCCACCAUUCCCAAGGGCACUGGAGAUGGCAACUGGGAGUACCCGUCUCCUCAGCAGAUGUACAACGCGCUGCUGCGCAAGGGAUAUACCGAUACCGAUAUCACCGCUGUCGAGGGCAUGGUUUCGGUACACAACUUCUUGAACGAGGGCGCAUGGCAGGAGAUUCUUGGUUGGGAACAACGAUUUGCGCGGGGGCUUUACAAGGGAUGGCAGAUCUGCAAGAGGGGCGAAGGUCAUGUUCAGGAAGAGCUGGAUCGUCAAAGGGACGGCAUUGAUACCGAGCCUAGUCUCGUUCGCUUCCAGGGUCGACCCAAGGAGUUAACUCCCAAGGCCACCAUGAUGCAGGUUCUGGGCUGGAUUUACCCUUCAAAGUUUGGCACCGAGCCUCCAUUUGACCGACACGACUGGUACGUUGCGCGAGAGAUCAACGGUCAAAGGAAGGAGAUUCGAUACAUCAUCGACUAUUACUCUGGCGAGCCCGAUGCCCACGGCGACCCUGUCUUCUUCCUCGAUGUGCGUCCUGCCGCUACACCCUUGGGUGCCGCCGAGCGUAUCAUUCGCUGGAGUACCGACACCUGGUGGAAGGCCAUCGGCGGCGACAGGCACGAGCAGGAUCCCCAGCCUUGGUUCCGUGGCACUUCUUAA